CUAAUAUUUUGUGCUCUGUGGCUGCAAUUGUCAUCGUUGUCAAAUAAUUUUGUUUGGCGUUAUUUUUCUGUUUAUUUCUGAAACAAAUCCGUUUGUAUCGAUAGAAUGUUUGUACACUUACAUCAUUUUAGUGUUUAAAAUUAAAUAGUGCAUUUCGUUGGUAUGUUUAUGAGGCUUAUUUCAAAAGUAGGUCAAUUUAUACCUUUCGGAUUUGGUUACCGGAUUAUAAACCUUUUGCUAUUGUCUCCGAGGAAUUUAUGUUAACAUCGAUAAGUUGAUAUGGCUGAUAAUGAUGACUAUUUAGAUUCUCUUGAUAAUAAUCAUAUAGACGGAACCAACGGUUCUCUAAACAUGACGGACAGCAGCCUCGGGGGUGGAGAUGAGGCAGCUGGUAGUGAUGUGCCAGAUCUCGCUGCUAUCAAAGCUAGAGUCCGUGAGAUGGAAGAAGAGGCAGAGAAGUUAAAACAGAUGCAGACUGAAGUUGAUAAGCAAAUGAAUAUGGGUAGUCCACCGGGUCUUACUAGUCCACUGAACAUGUCCAUAGAAGAAAAGAUAGAAGCAGAUAAUAGGUCUGUUUAUGUGGGAAAUGUUGACUACGGGGCAACAGCUGAGGAACUGGAACAGCAUUUUCAUGGCUGUGGUUCCAUAAAUAGGGUGACAAUACUGUGCAACAAGUUUGAUGGACAUCCUAAAGGAUUUGCUUAUAUUGAGUUUGGUGAUAAAGAUAGUGUACAGACAGCUAUGGCAAUGGAUGAGUCAUUAUUUCGAGGACGUCAGAUAAAGGUGAUGCCGAAGCGUACAAAUAAACCAGGAUUGUCUUCUACGAAUCGACCGCCGAGGGGAAUUCGCGGUCGUGGGCGCUCUUUCCGCGGCGGAUACUCGCCGUACUACUCUGGCUACCGGCCCGUGCGCCGUGGCAGAGGUUUCAGGCGCGGCUCUUAUUACAGUCCGUACUGAGUACGGUAGAGGGGUGGCCGCGGCCGCCCAGUCUAAGUGGCCCCGGGCUGCGCCCGUCGACUCAGCGCAUCUCAUAUACACCUCGGUUAACAUUUAAGUAGGUAGCAAAGACUUAUAUGUAUACUACUAGACGAAUUAUCCCCGGUACAGAAAAAUUAUUCGCUAGUCUUGUCACAAUACAUAGAACAUACAGUACCUCAACUGAGACGUGUUAUAUUUAUACCUACAGCUGAACAGAGCGCUAGGGUAUCAGGGCAAAUUGUGAUUUUGUGAAGCCCUGGGUAAAUUAUUGUAAUAUUGUUGAGAAACUAUUUUCAAUAGUACCUGAUGUAAACAUGCAAUUUCUUAUUUAGGAAUUACCAUCGUUAACUGAAUUUGAGGUGGAUUUCCGAUUGGAAAUGCAACAUUAACACGAUUCUAUUACCUUUCACUUUACAUUAUUGUUGUUUUUAUUGGGAGCCGAGGGCCCCUUGUAUCCACGGGGUCUUGCGUUUAAAGCCCAUUAAACCCUUAAGAUUAGCCCCUGGUUGGUACCCAAAAAGUAAAAUUAUUACUUAAUUUAUGUACACGAUUAUUAGUAUUGUGUAGUUUUAGGAUUAAGAAUUAAAACAUUAUGUUGAUGAAAUCGUCGGGAGGUAUGACAAGGAGAUUGAGUCCGUAUGUGACGCAGUAACAAUGCGUUAUGCCGUUCAGAGAAUACUCGGCGGCCGUGUAAACGACGUUUCAAUGUGUGCGUGCGCUGAUUCGUCUUUUUAUAUGGAGUCGAGUUUCUUUUCCUUUUUAUGUAUUGUGGUGUUGUGUUCAUUGGUAUAGUCGAUUGUAUUGCCGUCUCACUUACUCCUUAGUAACAGAGACGGCAACGCGCACAUGCGCGGUCGUACUCUGUCACAAUUUUAGUUCAGAACAUCUUGUUUAGUAGUACACAUAGAAGUUUUUGGUAGGUAGGUAAAACUCGUCGCACUGCAGACGCCACUCCGAGUAGCAUAAGAUAAAUAGUAGAAUCGAUUGAUUAUACUACAAUGAUAUUGAUUUAAAUGAACUUGACGAACGGUGAAUAUAUGAUAGUAAAUUUUAAUUAGGGUGUUGUAUCGGUUUCAAUAUUUUGUUUACACAGCUGUCCCUAGUGGUUUAUUGGACUAUGAUUGUGAAUAAAAAAAAAUCAUUGUUGAUGUUACAUUUAGGUAAUUAAAUAUUAAUAGUUAGACGAGUAUGAGACAGUUUUUAGGUGAGCUAGCUGUGUAUUGCGCAUUUCUUUGACACGAUUUGUGUAAGUAGUAAUAAAAAGAAAAAAUACCCCGAUUUCAUAUGCACUCUUGACUACUUGUUACAUUAUAUACGUUUGAAAUACGUGACGAUUAUUUUAAUAUUUAAAGUAUAUAGAAUCGGAAGUUAUUUUGAAUAUUGUGUGUGUAUCUUGAUGGUUUUGUGUUAUUUAAUUUUAUUGAAUUGCAUUCGAAAAUUUGCUUAUGGUGAAGUAUCUAGCGACUGUAAAUGGAAUGUAUGUUAGUUAACUUAAAACAAUAUACACGUUAUGUCUGACUUGUAUUCACAAGUUUUUCGUCAUAAUAUUUGAAAUGACACUACUUCGUGUGAGUUCAUAAACAUUCGUAUCGGUACGUUUAGGUUUAAUUUUCGUAUAAAUUGAUGCAUACCCUUAUCCAAUUUGGUUAAUAUGUUUACUAUAUUAAGUUGUUGCUGUUGCUGACUACAUUCCAGCUAGAUAAAAGUGAUUUUAUACAAUAGUAACAUGCUUAUUGCAGUACAUUUUGCAGUGCCUGAAUGUUACAUAAGGAAGCCUAUAAGCAAUGUAUUAGAAGGAAAUGAAUAUGCUGGCCAUAAAAGGUUUUAAGUUUAAAUUUGAUUAUAAUUUAUGAUUUACAUUAUCCCGUCACGCGAUUAAGUCACAAAACGCACUUGAAGCGUUUGCACACCUGUGUGUUCAAAAAAUCGCGAGACGGGUUAAAACCCGUGAAUUAUUGACAUUAAUUAAUACAAAACUAUUAUAUCUCUAUGUAAGUGAUUUAGAUAGCAUUUUUUAAGAAACAAACUCUACUAGGCCCCUUUUACUCGAGAAGUAUUAUCUUUAAUAAUAAAGUGUACCUAAAGCAAUGGACAUUAAGUGGUAGGCUUAGAUAGACAUUAAAUAAUGUAUGUGGAUUUGUGUGCAUAAAUUAUCUGGUUGUUUUCUUUAUUAUUAACAGAUAAAUUAAUGUCCGCUGUAUCCGCAUUGGCUUAAUUAUAUUUCUGAAAUGUAUCUCUGUUUAAUACUUAUGGGAUUGACCACAAUUAUCAAUGCGAAAUCUGUUUUAAGACGCAAAGACGCCAGUAGAGCGAACUUAUACUAAUAUACAAUAACUACAGAAGAGAGAAAUAAGGUAUAAAAUUUGUAUUUUUCCACAUUAAUGUUACUAUUAAAUUAAAAAAGACAAUGACUCAAUUAUAGGUCGUCAUACUACACGUUCUGAUGAGCUAACCAAUACACGAAUAGGGUAUGUUUUUCCUAAAGUAGUUUCUUAGCCGAUUACACAAGAUACAUACAUCAAACCACUGCCAGUAAGUGUUAGUGAAAAAUAAGUAAAAUUAGAAGACUACCCUCGGAUUUGGUGUCAUAUAUUUAUACAAAUAAAUGCAUUUUCGCGUUGGUAAAGGUAGUUUAUCCCCGAGAUAAUUGAUGGUGUAAUUUUAUAUUUCUUGGUAGAUCUCUUCUGUUCAAAAAAUUAAGAAAAGAAUUACAAAUUUAAGAAACACAAACAUGAAAAAAGUAUAUGAAAGAAAUGUGUUGAAUAAGUAUAAUUUAAGAAUAUUUUAAGAAC